CUUGAUAAACAGAUAACUGUCGUUACAUUUUCAAUUCGCAGUAGAUGUUAAGGUUCCACAUUAACGACGAAAAAAAUUGGAAUAAAAGUAAGAGGGAGAUUCUAACGACACAGCUCCAUUCGUUCUACCAAAAUGGACACCGUGUUGGAACAAAACACCGUGGAAUUUAACCACCAAGAAAAGAUUAAUGAUAACACGCUUAAUCAAAACGACAGCGGUUGUGAAACCAGUACCACAAAGUCAAUAGAAGAAACACUAACAACAAGUACAAACACAAUCGAAAAUAUAGACACCUUGGUAAUAAGAAAAGACCCACAAACAAACAGGAAACUCAUCAACAAAUCUGCAUACGCAAAACUUCACAGAUCCUUAUCACCCACGCGAAGCAGCCAAUUAGAUCUUCUGAAAUCAAAAUACGAAAAAUCCGACAACGAUACCGACAUUACAAAAAGCGAUACAGAAAAUCCAGAAACCAAACUAGAAUUAAUCAGACAGAAAUCAAAAUUACCGCUACCAGUACCAAGAAGCAAAAUCAAAAGCGAAAUCAUAAUACCAUCACCGUCCCAAAAAAUAUCUGACAAAAAACAUCGUCACAGUUUAAUGCUCGACAAGAAAACAACAAAAAAAAAGGAUGAAAACUCGAACGAGGUGUUCAGAAAAAGCAGCUCCAGUUCAGGCGAAUUUAUAACCAUCGUGAGACGUUCCGAAUCGAUAGAAACUGUCGACAAAUUCGAAAAAGAACUCGACUUAUUCACGAUGGACAAAAAACCGAAAGACAAGAAACGCGCCAGCAGCUUUCGAAAGAUAUUUUCCGGUAAGAUCUUCCACAAAGAGAAGAAGAAAAAAGAAGAAUCCGAGAAAAGGAACGCGCAAAGCGAUAAUUUGCAGAACGAAAACAACUUUUCUAGACAGUCACCACACAGGAACAGUUUGGGAAGUAAUGUACCAAAGCCUUUAUCGCAGGAUCGGAGGAUUCCACCUCCGAAUAUAGAUAUGCAGGAAAUAGAAAGGCGCUACGCUAAAAUGCACGUUAAAGAAUUCAACAACAUUAAACAGAAUUUCGAAAAUCAUAACAGCGCCGACGAACCGGACGACAUACCCACUCUAACCCCAGGUCCAAUGAGUUUCAGUAAAAUAUCAAACAUUAACAAAUUCAUCGAUAGCAGCUCAUUAGCCAGUGACUCCGAAAAAGAUAGCUCUAGCAGGACUUUCACCGACCAAGAAAGCCCUUAUAAGUCAAUCAGAUUCGCGGAUACCAGAAGAGACACACCUCCAAGAGCCCAAGAACUCAGACAGACUCAAGACGUCCGUUUAGUCAAUCCAAAAGCACUAAUACCCAUCAACUCUGAAAGACCCCUACCUAAUCCAUACCAAAACGCCACAACGAAACCCGUGAUUAGCCCCAAACCCCAAAUUCUAUCACCAAAACCAAAGAUGCAACAAUUUGACUUCAACGAGAAGAAACCUGCCAACAAUUUCGAUAACAAAAUCUUCCAACCUAUUUUAGACGAAACUUACGGAACAGUUUUUGAUAACGUAGACAGGAAUCGAAAUUCCUCAUCGAAAGUUCCUCAAAAACCACCAAGAUCUCCUUCUUUAGAAGCAACAAAAUUAAGAAUGCCUCCUAAUAGAGAUAUUGGUCCAAUGUCGCCAAGAAUGAGAUCACCAAUUCCACAACAUCACGUCAGUACUGAAAAAUUAAUAGCAACCGAACUGCUGAGAACAUCAAGGUCUCCUACUCCAACAAAAAAGAAGAUUAACCAACUGAGCUCUAGUCACCAGAGGCUGGAAAGCAUCGAUUAUCCUGAAAGUAAUCAUACAAAUGAAUAUGUAAGAAACCCUAUAGUCAAGAGUAAGCCGCCAAUUUCAAGAAUAAUUGUUGAUCAAAGAGGCAGUCAACUAUCACCAAACUACGAAAAUCAACCACCAAUUUCACGUAUACCUAACCAGAGGAAUGGUCAGCUAUCACCUACUUAUGACAGCAGAAUUAAUCAAUAUCCUGGCAUUCAGAAUGCAAGCCUUCAAAGGAAUAGUUAUGAAAGUCAGAACAAUCAAUCCUCACCUAAUUUGAGAAUGCCAGAAACGGUCAGAAAUAGUCCUUUACCACCAUCUUAUGAUAACACUCUUCAAAGAAACAGCCAGUUAUCAUCCAAUUACGACAAUAGAAUAUAUCAGUCAUCUCUUGUUGGUUCUCAAGAGAGAUUAAUGGGAAAUUCUUUAUUGAGAUCACCUACACCCACGAACUUACAAAACGCUGAGUUGACUAUGAUCAAGCCUCAAGGUUCUGGCUCAUCUACACCUGUGGAUCUCAGAAUACCUCCGACUAGCCAAACUCCAUCGCCACAAAAAGAAGAAAUGCGACGUAACGUAGAAGCCUAUUACUGGAAGGAAAUAAAAAAAUUAAAAGAACAGGAAAAUAGAGACUUUCAAUACUACCAAAUGCAGUUGAUGCCCUUUGGGUACGCUGAAGAUCCGAUCAAUUAUCGAAGAUCGCGAAGCUCUUCACCGUCUUCUCAACGAAAUGGUAGAAGAAGCUUAAGUUUACCUAGGGAAUCGAAAUCGCAACUUACAAACGUCGAAGUUAGCGAUAAUCACCAAAGAUUCCAACCAGCACCUAUACCCGAAGGCAGAGCUGUCGUCAACUAUCCAAAUGCCAUUUACUACCAGCAAAACUUUAGAAGAAACGCUCCUGAACGACGUACCAUUGAUACAGUACCUAGAUCUAACGGUAACGCUAUUUACAGACCGAUUUUCAAGAGAGGCAGCCUCACUACUCCCGUAAGAGAGUUUGCAGAAGACCAACAGCAGAAAAAGGUUAGUUUUAAUGGUGGUAAACAAAGAGAUGCAUGGCCUACGAGAAACGGGUAUACUCAAAGCCCGCCGCAGCGAAGAUUGGAUUCGAUUAGGCCUGAAAGCCUGGAUGACGAUGUCUUUCUACCAAACCAACAAACUACCAAAUUGAUCGUGGACGGUAAAGAAAUUUACGGCUAUACAAACAGACCGUACGACAACCACGCUCAAAGACAGCAAGAUCCUCACUACCAAAAUGCAAACUUCUAUAAACAGAUUCAACAGGAACCUAUUUACAGCUCACAAAGUAAACAAGUGGAAGGUUCCAGAAUUCCUGUAGGAAUGACCAGAUACAAUUCGAUACAACUCGCAGAGCCCAUUUACGGCCAGAACCAAAGGCUUUCCAGGAGAAUGUCUUUCGAUAACUCACAGAGAUAUGUGCCAAAACAGGUUAACUAUAGUAUGCCUAGAAGGCAGAUAUAUAUAAAGGAUGAUGUAUAUGGUUAUUUUGGAGGUUACGUACCCAACGAACAGCAGCAGAUGCAGCAGCAGAUGCAGCAGCAACUGCAGCAACAACAGGGUGUUGUGUAUUCCUCGAAACAAAACAUUGCAGAUCCAACGUAUAGUUGGCAAGUGAAACAAGGAAGUGUUAGAGAUAAAGUGUGUGAUAUGUAUGGACAAAUUCAUGAUAGAGACAGUCCAUCUUUGAAUAUAAGAAAGUCUGGUGUGAUGCUUGGGCAGCUACAGCAGAACUCUCAAUCUCAGCUACCACCAAAUCAAAAUUUCGUUCGUAACUCAAGACUGACGGCCAGCGCCAACGACAUGUACAGGAGAUACCAAAACGUAGAACCGAGAUAUCCAAGCCAUGUGGUGUACGAAAGGCAUCAGGUACAAAAUGAUCGACCACCAUCUAGACCUCUGCCGCCAGUUCCAACGGAUAAAAACGUUUAUUAUAGACAGAAUACAGACAGUAGGCAAGGGUUUAGUGAUGUACAGAAAACUAGUAGUUUAGGAAAGAAUCAGAAACGUGGCAUUUUUGGCAAAUCAAGACAAACUUCAACCUUGAACAUCAGCAAUGAAUAUACCAGUGGUGAAAGACCAAUCUUAUUAGAACAACUUCAGCUGUUAAGAAGACAACAAGAGUUAGAAAUGAGUAAAUGGCAACGACAACGAAACCAGUGUAAUUCCCCGGUUGACAAGAAGUACCAACGACAUCCCCUUGAAACGAAAAGCACCGAGCAGCUUUCCAAUUCCGAUUUAAAGAAGAUAGUACUGCUGGAGGAAUUAAAACUGAUCCGACUUAAAAUUAAAUUAGAAUCUGAUUUUAAAUAAAAUUUUAAAUACUAUUUAUACUGCCUUUUGUUUCUCAGAAAAAAUAGAGAUGUAUAAAUGUUUUAUAAAAAAAAUCACCGAUUUUAUACUGUCGCUGGGCUUUUUUGAAU